UUUGGAUAAACAAUUCAACGUAAUCCAUAUCUGAUCUACCAUCGUCCCUAUAAAUAACAACGUCAGAAAACUCCAAGAACCCACCAACUAACAACGUUGUACAAGCACACACAGAGCUUAUUAAUUACCUAGCUAGCUCCGAACUCCGAUCGGUCCAUCUCGGCCGUUGAUAAUGGAUAGGGUUAGAGAUCUGGCGUCAAAGAAGGCUGCGGUGAUCUUCACCAAGAGCUCCUGCUGCAUGUGCCACAGCAUCAAGGCGCUGUUCUACGAGCUGGGGGCGAGCCCGGCGGUGCACGAGCUCGAUCACGACGGAAGAGGCCGAGAAAUGGAGUGGGCAUUGCGGAGCAUGGGGUGCAACCCCGCCGUCCCGGCGGUGUUUAUCGGCGGACAGUUUGUGGGCUCCGCCAGGGAUGUGCUUUCUCUUCAGAUUGAUGGCUCUCUCAAACAAAUGCUCAUUAAUGCCAAAGCCAUCUGGUUCUAGCAAUCCUAACCCGCCUAUCUACCCAUAAACCCAAUCAAAUACAAUAUAGUCAUACCUAAAGUAACAUUUGUCUUGUCAAGUAGCUAGCUAAAGGCUGGCCGGGCAGGACAACCAAGUGUCUUGUUAAUUGUAUGUGUGUAUCAUUAAAAGUCUCGAAAUCAAUCAUAUGAGUUUCGUUGACAAAAGUUGCCAUGCAUAUUUUAUGAAAAUGGCUAGUCAUAUUUCCCUAUAUAUCAUUUCCAUGCAAAUUCUUGUCUU